GGUCUGUUUCCGGGUGGCGCGUGAGGCUUGAGACCCACAGCUGUCCUUGCCACAACCAAGAUGGAGACUUUGUACCGAGUCCCAUUCUUAGUGUUGGAAUGCCCCAACCUGAAGCUGAAGAAGCCGCCCUGGGUGCAUAUGCCCUCGGCUAUGACGGUGUACGCUCUGGUGGUGGUGUCUUACUUUCUCAUCACCGGAGGAAUAAUUUAUGAUGUUAUUGUUGAACCUCCAAGUGUUGGCUCUAUGACUGAUGAACAUGGCCAUCAGAGACCAGUAGCUUUCUUGGCCUACAGAGUGAAUGGACAAUAUAUAAUGGAAGGACUUGCAUCCAGCUUCCUCUUUACAAUGGGAGGUUUAGGUUUCAUAAUCCUAGACCGAUCCAAUGCUCCAAACAUUCCAAAACUCAAUAGAUUUCUUCUUCUAUUCAUUGGAUUCGUCUGUGUCCUAUUGAGUUUUUUCAUGGCCAGAGUAUUCAUGAGAAUGAAACUGCCGGGCUAUCUGAUGGGUUAGAGUCCCUUUUGAGAAGAAAUCUGUGGAUACUGGAUUUGUUCCUGUUGCUGAAGUUUUAAAGGCUGGACCAGUCCUCUGAUAUGAUAUAUGGAAAAGGAUGAAAACAGGUAGAAAAGAAGCAUCUAGUAGAAAACAUGGGGAGCAUAUGAAGCUUGGACUAGAGUAUCUUCUUGGUAGCAAAGAGACAAGCUCAUCACACUUUUUCCUGCUGACCUAAACUGACACACCAAUGAUGUUAAGUGGCAUUUUUUCCUCAGUUUUUAAUUUCUUGAAAAUAUACUCCAUUUCCAAAAGUACAAUAUUGAAUAGAGUGAUUAUUUUUUACAACGUUCUUAACAUUUUUUGGAGAUGACAUUUCUGACUUUCAGAAAUCAGUGUAAAACCAGGAAGCAAGGUCCCAUAAGCCGAGAACUCUGGGCAGCUGAUCAGCUUCACCUGUGGUGCUUUGCCCUUGAACGGAGUACAUGGCAGGAUGUCAUUUCAGAGUGUGUGUAAGACUGUUUCCUGAGCAAUAAGGUGUAUGAAAGGAGCAGAAAUAAAUAAUUUUGUAAUUAACA